GGGGGGGGGUUGGAUGUGAAAAGCACUCACACAUCACAAUAUCAUUUUUAGAAUCAUAUCAUGCGUAGGAAAUAGAAGGUAAUUUUUUCAGGAAUCCACCACUUCUUUGUCUACUUCUCAUCUACCUGCUCCUCCAGAAGUGACUAUUGGUACCGUCGAUUCCUCCCAGGGGUCCCUUCCCCCGCAACACGGUCUGCUGACAAACCUCCGCUGUUCCCCUCCUCUCUGCUCCCCCUGUCCCCUCUCCCCUCUCGCCACGGUCCUAGCCCCCAUCCUAGGCAACAUGUCCAUCACCCUGAAGCAGGUCUUCAACAAGGACAAGACCUUCCGGCCCAAGCGUAAGUUUGAGCCGGGGACGCAGCGUUUCGAGUUGCAUAAGAAGGCCCAGGCGUCGCUGAGCUCCGGGGUUGACCUACGGGCGGCGGUAGCUCUGCCCCACGGGGAGGAUCUCAACGACUGGGUGGCAGUACACGUGGUGGACUUCUUCAACCGAAUCAACCUCAUCUACGGGACGGUGUGUGAGUUCUGCACGGAGAAGAGUUGUCCGGUCAUGUCCGGAGGUCCUAGGUAUGAGUACCGAUGGCAGGACGAUCACAAGUACAAGAAACCAACGGCUCUACCAGCUCCCAAGUACAUGAACUUGCUGAUGGACUGGAUCGAGGUCCAGAUCAACAAUGAGGAUAUCUUCCCCACCAGCAUGG